CUAGAAUUCACACUCAGAGUAAAGUCGGUUCUUAUAAAUCCAAGGGAGUUCUUACUUGAAAUGAACACCUUUUGGCCCAAAUUUUUUAUUUUUGUUCUCAGCCAGCUGGGAAAGACACAUGGUAUAUUGGCUACCUUUAGCGGCUGUAGGGAUCGCUCCCAUAGGAGUUUGAGCCCUUUUAUCUUAUCUUUCCUUUUAAUCCCUCACUCAUGGGACCUUCUAAAAAGCUGUACGAGGCCCGCACUUCCAAUUCUCCGGCAACUUAUUCACUCGAGUGAUGAAGAAGUUCUGACUGAUGCAUGUUGGGCACUUUCGUAUCUGUCUGAUGGAACCAAUGACAAAAUUCAAGCUGUGAUUGACUCUGGAGUAUGCCCCCGCUUAGUCGAGUUGUUGCUUCAUCCAUCACCAUCCGUUCUUAUUCCUGCCCUCCGGACUGUUGGAAAUAUUGUCACUGGAGAUGAUAUACAAACUCAGUAUAUCAUCAGCUAUAAUGCACUACCUUGCCUCCUAAAACUCUUGAGUGAAUCUCAUAAAAAGAGCAUUAAAAAGGAAGCCUGCUGGACUAUUUCCAAUAUCACAGCUGGUAACAGAGGCCAAAUUCAGGCAGUCAUUGAGGCUAACUUAAUCGGCCCAUUAGUUCAGUUGCUUCAGAAUGCCGAAUUUGACGUGAAAAAGGAGGCUGCUUGGGCCAUAUCCAACGCAACAUCUGGUGGCACUCAUGAUCAGAUCAAGUACCUCGUGAGCCAACAAUGUAUCAAGCCCCUUUGCGACUUGCUCGUGUGCCCGGACCCAAGGAUUGUGACUGUGUGCUUAGAGGGGCUAGAGAAUAUACUGAAAGUUGGUGAUGCUGAGAAGAAUCUGGGCCACACAGGGGACGUCAAUCUCUACGCUCAGAUGAUCGACGAUGCUGAAGGGCUCGAGAAAAUCGAGAACCUUCAAAGUCACGACAAUAAUGAGAUAUACGAAAAGGCCGUGAAGAUUCUCGAAACUUACUGGUUGGAGGAAGACGACGAGCAGGCCCCACCUGAGGAGCAGGGUUUCCAGUUCGGUGGAAGUGAAGUGUCUCUCCCAAGUGGUGGUUUCAGCUUUAACUAA